CACACUACCUGUCACCAAAUCAACUCAUGCAACAUAUCUUUCAUUGCUCCCUAACUCUCUCAUCCUCUUCCUCACUUCCACCGAAUGGCUCUUUCUGCCUCUCUGCUUCAACUUCAACCCUCUUCACAAAAGAAGAAAACUGCUGUUUCCAGAAGUUGGGUUCUGCUCGACCACCAUGGCAAACCCACUGUGCUCGAUGCAGACAAGCAUGCCAUCAUGCGCCUCGUUAAAAUUCACGCCAGGGAUCUUCGGAUUCUCGAUCCUCUCUUAUCCUAUCCCUCCACCAUUUUCGGAAGAGACAAAGUCAUUGUUCUCAAUCUAGAGCACAUUAAAGCUAUCAUCACUGCAGAUGAGGUGUUGCUGAGAGACCCAACGGAUGAUGACGUUGUGCCAAUUGUUGAAGAGCUUCGACGACGGUUACCCAAAGUAAGUGCUUCUGGGGAAGGCCGAGGAGAAGAAGAGACCUGUGCUCAAGAUGGUGAAGGAGGAGACGAAAAUGAAUUUCCAUUUGAGAUACGGGCUUUGGAAGUUUUAUUUGAGGCAAUUUGUAGUUUCCUUGACGCACGAACGAGAGAGUUAGAGACUGCUGCUUAUCCAGCUUUGGACGAACUUACCUCUAAGAUUAGCAGUCGUAAUUUGGAUAGAGUGAGAAAAUUGAAAUGUGCAAUGACGAGGCUGACCAGUCGUGUUCAAAAGAUUAGAGAUGAACUAGAAAACCUACUUGAUGAUGACGACGACAUGGCUGAUCUUUACUUAUCAAGAAAGUCGACGGUUUCAUCAUCUCCAACAAGUAGCUCUGAUGCUCCCAAGUGGCUUUAUGGUUCUCCAAAUACAGGUUCAAGAAUACACAAAUCAAGCAGAGCAAGUGGAACAACAGUUCAAAGGGAGGAUGAUGUUGAGGAGCUUGAAAUGUUACUUGAGGCCAAUUUCAUGCAAAUUGACGGCACAUUAAAUAAAUUGGCCACUUUGCGAGAAUACAUCGAUGACACAGAAGAUUACAUCAACAUACAGCUUGACAAUCACCGAAACCAGCUGAUUCAGCUGGAGCUCUUCAUCAGUGCCGGCACUGUGUGUAUGUCCUUAUAUUCAUUGGUGGCUGCAAUAUUUGGUAUGAACAUUCCAUACACAUGGAAAUCACCAGGCCACGAACAUGUGUUUAAAUGGGUGGUGAUCUUUGCGGGAAUGGUUUGUGCAUCCUUGUUUUUAUCCAUAGUAUCUUAUGCCCGACGCAAAGGCCUUGUCGGGUCUUGAAAAAAUGUAAAGCCUAAAGAUGUCGCUAGGGAGACAUCAGGUUCAGUCAAAAGUGGUCAAUUUUCACACAUUGCCUCAAAACAAUACUAUAUUUUUUUGAAUAUUAUGUUUAUAUCUCUUUCUUCCUAUUAUAUAUCUGUUUCUAAAGUGAACACAUUAAUUUUUUCACUAUCCACUGAGAUUAUUUAUCUU